CUCGCCCUCCGCCCCUGCGCCUGCACCGCGUAGGCCGCGCCCCCCCCCCCGCGCGCACCCCGUAGACGACCCCCGCCCGCGUCCCGGCCGGCCCCCCCCUUUCCAGAUUUAAAGGGGGCGCAGCAUUAACGCCUCCCGCCUCAGGUGACCUCUCAGGGGGUCUCCCCGGCAGAGGUGUCUCGCCGCUGAGGAACAUGGCGAAGGUGGAGCAGGUCCUGAGCCUCGAGCCGCAGCACGAGCUCAAAUUCCGAGGUCCCUUCACCGAUGUCGUCACCACCAACCUAAAGCUUGGCAACCCAACGGACCGAAAUGUGUGUUUUAAAGUGAAGACCACAGCACCACGUAGAUACUGCGUGAGGCCCAACAGUGGGAUCAUCGAUGCAGGGGCCUCCAUUAAUGUAUCUGUGAUGUUACAGCCUUUCGAUUAUGACCCCAAUGAGAAAAGUAAACACAAGUUUAUGGUUCAGUCUAUGUUUGCUCCGACUGACACUUCUGAUAUGGAAGCAGUAUGGAAGGAGGCAAAACCGGAAGACCUUAUGGAUUCAAAACUUAGAUGUGUGUUUGAAUUGCCAGCAGAAAAUGAUAAACCACAUGAUGUAGAAAUAAAUAAAAUUAUACCCACAACUGCAUCAAAGACAGAAACACCAGCGGUGUCUAAAGCUCUGAGUUCUUCUUUGGAUGACACUGAAGUUAAGAAGGUGAUGGAAGAGUGUAAGAGGCUGCAGGGGGAAGUGCAGAGGCUCCGGGAGGAGAACAAGCAAUUCAAGGAAGAAGAUGGGCUUCGGAUGAGGAAGACAGCGCAGAGCAACAACCCUGUUCCUGUGGUAGCCACGGCCGGGAAGGACGAGGGCCUCAGUGCCCGGCUGCUCGCACUGCUGGUUUUGUUCUUCAUCGUUGGCGUGAUCGUAGGGAAGAUCGCCUUGUAGAGGCGGCAGGCAAAGGGCGGCACGCUGGAUUGAUGGGCCCGCCAUACCAUGGGGUUUGGAUUUAUCAUAACCAUGUGUAAAAAGAAGUUAAUGUGUGAUGACAUCUCACAGGUCUUGCCUUUAAAUUACCCCUUCCUUGCGCGUGAGCACGCGUGCACACACACACACACACACACACACAAUUAUAACGUAACAAUCUUUUAGAAAGUGAAAAAUGUAUAGUAAACGAUUGGGGGGAAAGAAUGGUCUUUAUUAAUGACAAGGGAAACCGUGAUUAAAUCGUAAUGGCAUGUUGUGUCACUUUAGACAUUUGUAGCCUUGGUACAUGUGGCUGGGUUGAUUACCUCUCUUAGAACAAGACCCACUUCCCGCCUGUUGGUGCUGGCCUUUGGGGAGCGGAGCCCAGUGUGGCGGGGAGGGCCGUCCCCUCCACGUAGCACCCCCACUGCCCGCUCACCCCCGGCCUGCUGCUCCAUGGUCUGCCCUGGGCCUGGCCGUCGGUUCCUUGGGACCGAUGAACGAGGUCAGAAGCCAGUGGCGUUGUGCUGUGGUGGUGUUGGGUCUACCCAUCGGGAGCGGAAGGCGGGUGCUCAGCGACUGACCCAACACUUUGGAAAUGAAAGUCAAUGCUUUGUUCUCUUAAAGGGACCAAGCUAAAUUACUGUCCGUUCAUGUAGUGAGAUUGAAUUGUGACUCAGAGAUGUUUAAUGCAUAUUUAACUUAUUUAAUGUAUCUCAUCUCAUGUUUCCUUAUUGCCACAAGAUUAUAAUUAAUGCUGUGGCCUGAUGCCAGGGGGUGAGGCUGGCACUGCUGCCGGAGAGCUGAGGGCUCCUGUCUCUCCAGAGGUUCUGGGCUGUACGUACACAUGGAGGUGUGGUUUGUUUGAAUGUUGGAGAAUAGCUGCCAGGAGGUGUUUCUCUGUGUAAAUAAAUAACAACCGUCAGAGAGGGAAGUUCUUAGUAGCAACAGUCAAGUCCGUUACCCUUUCGAAUGGGGAAACUAGCUGAUCUUCCGUUUUGUUCCUUCAGUGCCCCUCCGCCACCACUCAUACUUCCAGCACACGUGCCCCUAGCCUGGUCCUGACCUUUCCCGAGUGGCCCUCGCUCGGACUGGGGCGGCAGAACGGCUGCAGACGGAGCCAGCUGGGUGGGGCCGGGGGGGUGGGAGGCUCUUCAGAUAAUCGUCAAGUAGCGAUUGAGAGUUUCACUGUAAAUUAAUUUUAUGCCAUAAAAGACCAAUCCAGUUCUGUUUGACUAUGUAGCAUCUUAAAAAGAAAAAAAAAUUAAAAUAAAGCCCCAGAAUUAAGAGUU